AUGGAACCAUUUAUUAAUCAUGAACCUACAAUAAUCGAUAAUAAUAAUGCAGAUGCAGAUGAUCAAGUACCAUCACCAAGAGACUUGGUCAAGAAGUUGGCAACACUAUUUGGUCGAUCAAACUUGUACCUCUACGAUAUAUUGGAGGUGAAGAGGAAUGCCUCGAAAGAUGAGAUAAUCAAUUCAUAUCAGGCAAAGGCCAUGCUCAAUCAUGACAAACCUGCAGUGCUCAAACAGUUGAACUCGGCAGUGAACGUGCUUACAAACGAUCGUCGACGCUAUGAGUACGACCAGGAGAAGCCGCUGACAAUGUCCCGCGUCUUCCAGAGCACCGUGAUCAACUUCUCAGCUCGUCUCGUUCAGUUCUCGCUGCACAACGCCGCCGUGUUCUGUCAGUCGACCGCGGCGCUCCUCUCGCCGCAGGCGCAGUUCAACCUGUGGCGCCAGCUGUGGAGCGAUCGACACAUGUUCCACAACUACUCAAAGAACAUCGUCGUUUCAAUCAUCAAGUCAAUGUUCACCGACCAGGCCAAGAUGCAAGCGUCAACAGGCGUUCUGGAGGUGAUCAAGAGGUGCGCGAUCACCGCCCUCGUCAUCGCCCCUUUCAAUCUGGCGAUGACUGCACGUCUGCACGACUAUAGCCUGGGCGGAUUCGGCCAGGUGUUCAAGCUUUUUAACGCCAGGGCGCUGUGGACUUCAUUCGCGGCGCAGUUCCUCAUGGAGAUGACGACCAACGCAUUGAGGCCCGUGGUCGAGGCCGUCAAGGACCACGCAUUCACAUACAAGGAGUCCAAGGGCAUCAAGAAGUUGUUCUACUAUUUGCUGUACAACCCAAUUACCACAUCACUGCUGUACGUGAUGGCAAUGGCACCGGUGGCUACAUUAUUGCAUCAGAGUGAGAUGCAGGCUUUCAUUCCAUUGGCUCAGCGACUCAACAUUGUUCAACUGGCCAAGAACAACUGGCAACAGGGUGGUAUCAAUGCAUUCUAUCGUGGUAUUGUUCCAAUGUCAAUCAGUGCACUCAUCCAAUUCCGUAACAACAAUGUCCAGAUUGGAUCAAUCACAGAUGCCUAA